AUGGUGCCGCGGGAGCGGUAUGGUGCGCCCUCCGGCGGCGGCGUGGAGGCGGACUUUGUCGUGCUGCGGCGCAAGCGGUGCGGCGACGAGAGCAUCCCGCCGUCGGGAGCCUUUUCUACCCCGCCGAAGGGGGCCUUCGGGCGGUCUCCCUCAGCAAAGCAGGAGGCCAAAAGAAGACCGGAAUGCGAAAGGAAAUACGAAUGGCCUGAAAAUUUUGCUCGAUCCCAUCAUAUUGCAACUGAAGCCCGGUUGCUAGCUGAAGCCCGUUACCAGCUGAAGCCCGGUUACCAGCUGGAGCCCGGUUACCAGCUGAAGCCCGGUUACCAGCUGGAGGCCGGUUACCAGCUGGAGGCCAGUUACCAGCUGAAGCCCGGUUACCAGCUGAAGCCCGGUUACCAGCUGAAGCCCGAUUACCAGUUGGAGGCCAGUUACCAGCUGAAGCCCGGUUACCAACUGAAGCCCGGUUACCAGCUGGAGGCCGGUUACCAACUGAAGCCCGGUUACCAGCUGGAGGCCGGUUACCAGCUGAAUCCCGGUUACCAGCUGAAGCCCGGUUACCAGCUGAAUCCCGGUUACCAGCUGAAGCCCGGUUACCAGCUGAAGCCCGGUUACCAGCUGAAUCCCGGUUACCAGCUGAAGCCAGGUUACCAGCUGAAUCCCGGUUACCAGCUGAAGCCAGGUUACCAGCUGAAUCUCGGUUACCAGCUGAAGCCCGGUUACCAGCUGAAGCCCGAUUACCAGUUGGAGGCCAGUUACCAGCUGAAGCCCGGUUACCAACUGAAGCCCGGUUACCAGCUGGAGGCCGGUUACCAGCUGAAUCCCGGUUACCAGCUGAAGCCCGGUUACCAGCUGUAUCCCGGUUACCAGCUGAAGCCCGGUUACCAGCUGAAUCCCGGUUACCAGCUGAAGCCCGGUUACCAGCUGAAUCCCGGUUACCAGCUGAAGCCAGGUUACCAGCUGAAUCCCGGUUACCAGCUGAAGCCAGGUUACCAGCUGAAUCCCGGUUACCAGUUGAAGCCAGGUUACCAGCUGAAUCCCGGUUACCAGCUGAAGCCCGGUUACCAGCUGAAGCCCGGUUACCAGAUGAAUCCCGGUUACCAGCUGAAUCCCGGUUACCAGCUGAAGCCCGGCUACUCCAAACUCUUUCCUUAA